CGCACAACCCGGCUAGAGUCGCUUCCAUAUGUGCCACCGCCACAGUUGAGUGCCAAUAAAGUUCGAAACAUCGUCGCGUGCAGACGUGUGUCUACGCGAAGUCAACUCGCAGAGAUAUAUAAAUAAAAGUGAAUAGAAAAGCCAGGCGAAUGCGCGAAAUUUCAAUUUAAAAACGAAAGUGAAUUGCGACGAAAGUGGUUAGGAAAAUAAAAUAGAAAAAAAAAAAAAAACGGGAAGAUAAGGAAGAGAUCGAAAGUUUUUUUGCAUAGGCACUAAUACUUAUUUAUGUGAGAAAUUUCGCUUUAAAGUGCGAAUUAAAAUGCAUUGGAGUUGGAUACAUUUCUUUGUCCUCACGAUAGGAGUACUACAUAACAUUUAUUUAGGUUAUGGCUGGAAACCUAUAGUGGGUGGUUCAAUUACCACCUCCUUCAAUCUGCAGCAAUCCCAUCCCGGUUCAGCGACAAGCGCAAAACAAUUAACUCUUGGCAGUAGCUCGGCUGAGAGUUCUGAGUAUUCGACGUCGCCCUUACUUCCUCAGAAGUCCGCGAGCAAGGUGCUAAGUGGUGUUAGUGAUGCCAUCGCUAUAUCAGCACCUUUGACAGCACUGCCAGGAUCACAUACUGGAUUGAAGUUUGAAACCGACGAAUUUGAAUAUGAACGCGAUUUAUUCGGUGGUGCUGAUUUUGGAGAGGAUCACUGCGCUGUAAAAAAGUUCGCCUUUAAUCACGAUGGUACCGUUGCAUACGAAAAUGAUUUGCCCGACUUGAGUCAAUUCACGAUUUGUUUCUGGUCACGAUAUACAAAUCAUAGUGGCGAUCACGUAUUACUAACCUAUUCGGUUAAGGAUGAACCGCGCGAGUUUCAGUUUUGGGUUUCGAACUCACAGAAUUCCAGUUUUAUUUCAAUGGCCAUAAAAGGUCAACAAAUAUAUAGGCUCAAUUAUCCGUUACGUGUGCGUCAAUGGCAUCAUCAGUGUUCGUCUUGGAACGGGAAAACAGGUGAAUGGCAGGUUUGGGUGAAGUCGGAGCGUAUUGGACGUGGUUUUAACAACGCGUUGGUUAGCCAUACCAUUCCCGCUAAAGGCAAACUCUUUUCGGGCGGGCCAUCGCCAACGGGUAUUCUAUCUCAGGGCCUACAUUUUGAGAUCACUUUGGUACAGAUAUAUCAUAUUGCGCUGAGCGCGGGUAAGGCACACCGCGAUCACAAGCAUCAUCAUGUUCACCACUUCGAUCAUGAAGGACAGGAGUUGUCAACCACAACAAGAGCCCCCCCUGCUAUAAACCGGCCAUUACCAAUGCACAGCUUGCUUGCAAGUGGACAAAUACCAACUCGAGUGCGUCUGAAUCUAGCACAACCGCCACAACAGCCGCAACAAUUACUCAUGCAGCCGCAACCAACCAUACCAACGCAGACGGUGCCACAGUUACAGAGUGGCGAUAACACUUUAUUCCCACUGUCUGAUCAACAACAAGCCGUCACCAUCAAUACGAACUUUGUGAACGGCCAAAUCAAUACCGGCUCGCGGUUGGUGUCGCAACAGUUACUGGGACAUAUCGGACAGCCAAAUGCGGCGUUGGCAUUGCGACCAAAGACUGUGCAAACUAGCUCAACGACACGCGAAUUCAGUACGCUAAAUAAUCCAGCCAAUGUGCAGUUUAUAGAUGAAACCGAGACACGAAUUAUUUUCAAGCGCCAUGCAAAAACCAACAACACCAAUACGUUAUUUGGUCAGAAAGUGGUUCGUAAACGAGCCGCGAAUCCAAGGCGGAGACAAGCGUUGGAUCAAACAAGUAAAAAUUUACAAAAACGGGGUUUGGUAUUGCUUGAGGACGGAAGCGUUGUGGAUGACCCGUUAUUCGGUAAUAGUUUCAAGUAUGAUGGUUUGGCAGAUUUUGGUGGGCAACAGUUCAAACAGGACUUAACACAGAAAAUGAACAUCGAAGAUGAGAUUCAGGAACACGAUCGCGAGCCAGCUGAGGAAGAAGUGAAGGCAGUAAUGGCGUUGUGUAGUGCCUGUGACACGGAACCAUUCCAAGGUGCUAUCGUAUUUGCAUGGAAAAAUGUCAAGGAGCAAAUGGAUAACACACUGAAAGGAUUAAGUGUGGGUGGAUGUGGUAAUUUCUGAUUACCAUGGCUUGGGCAGAAGAGACCGCACUAGUCAGCAGGUUUAUGAGUGCUUGGGGAGAUUGCAGCUGUUUCGUAGGUUGACGCAUUUUAAUACGCAUUUAAUUGCGGGCUUCGACUGAUUGCGCAGGCGGCGUUAUCGGUAGUGCUUGCAUUAACUAGUUUAAUUUGUAGAUAAUAUUCUUUUGUAUUGUAUUUUAUGUACAUAUGUAUGUUAUAUACUUAUGCCUAUUUAAAAUUAUUUUAUUAUAUUUUAUGCUAAUAAAAAUCUCACCUUUGAUUUAUGAA